AGUUUUGUCUAAACGUAACAAGAUGGCGAACGAUGAAGACUUGUCAUCCGAGCAAACAGAUAAAUUGGUUCAAUUCCAAGAUAUAACUGGAAUUGAAGACAUGGAAAGAUGUAGAGAAGUCCUCCAGGAUAAUGAUUGGAACUUGGAGAGAGCAGUACAGAGACAUCUUGGAGAUACCACGAGCGAUACAACAGAAAGAUUUUAUCCUGAACCUACUUUAGAAAUUAAUCCUGAAGUUAGAUUACUCCGACCAGACGUUCGACGAGCUGUUACAGAUGCUGAUGGUGACGUCCGGCGAUUUAUUAGAGAAUUUGAUGAGAAGUACGGUGAAAAUCAUCCAAGUUUCUAUUCAUCCAGCUAUAGUUCAGCUAUAAGAAGCGCUAAGCAAAAUCUUCAAUUUCUCAUAGUAUAUCUUCAUAGCGAUAAACAUUCAGAUACCGAUAGCUUCUGUUCUGAUGUUAUAUGCUCUGAAACAAUUAGGACAUGGUUUCAACGUAGAAACGCCAUGUUUUGGGGUUGUUCAGUAGAAUUACCGGAGGGCCAUAGGGUUUCUGGUAUUUUAAGAGAAAAUGUCUAUCCAUUUUUAGCUGUUAUUGUGUUAAAAGAAAACAAAAUGAUGGUUGUGGGUAGAAUGGAAGGUUUUUGUUCAGCUGAUGUUCUGGUUGAACGUUUAGAUACAGUUGUUGAGAGUAACGAAGCGAGCUUGAUUGCCGAAAUGGCGGCAAGACAAGAAAGAGCUCGUGCAGCAGAUUUAAGGGAACAACAAGACGAAGCUUAUUUAGCUACACUCAGGGCUGAUCAAGAAAAGGAAAGAUUAAAAAGACAAGAGCAGGAACAGGAGGAACGCUUACGUAAUGAACAAGCAGAGAAAGAAAUGCAAUUGGUAAACCGGAAGAAAAAAGCUGAAGAAUCCCUUAGUCCCGAACCAACAAAUUCGGAAGAUUCCAUUAAAGUAAUACUAAAAUUACCAGAAGGACCAAGAAUAGAGAGAAAAUUCGAUAAGAAACACAACCUAUCUGAAUUGCAUGACUUCGUAUUGUCCAGGAACGACAUGCCAGAUAGUUUCGAAUUGCUUACCAAUUUUCCAACCAAAGUGAUUUUAAGGAGUGAAAAUGCUGAAAAUUGCAAUGAAUACGAGCGUUUGAAGAGUAUUACAUUUGAAGAAGCGCAGAUAACCGGUACGACGUUAUUGUUUGUUAGAGACUUGGACGCCUAA